AGUGCUGCCUUGACCCCCAUGGAGGCUUCCCCAGAGUCCCCGCAGCAGGCCUCUGCCCAGGUGCAGGCAGAUGCCGCAGCGGGCGGCUGGAAGCCUGGUCCUCCUGCUGCAACACAGGACCUGAAGCCGCAGCAGCCAGAGGAUAGAGCGCCUGCAGAAGCGGGACAGGAGCUGCUGCCAGAGGCUGCAGGCGGGGCACCAGCAGGCGGAGCCAGCCGAGCGGACAGCGAGGAAGACGAGUUUGAUGCGGAGCUGGGCUCGUGGCUGGCGGGCAGGCUGCAGCGCAUGCAGCCGGGCGCCGAGCUGACGGUGGGCAGCGUCAAGGUGCUGGGGCGGCUGCUAGAUGAGAUUACAGCUCGGGUGCUGGAGGAGGCGCGGCGUGUCAACAGUGGCGAAGCGGCGCCGGGCAAGACAGCGGCAGCGGCGGCGGGCCAAGCAGGAUCCGCUGCAGCCCCUGCAGCUGCAACGGAUGCAGAAGCUGCCCCUGCAGCGGCGGCAGCGCAGCCGCAGGAGCGGCGGGGCAAGCAGCAGAAGAUGACUGCGCUGACGAGUCUGGACAUUUCCAAGGCCCUGAAGCGCGUGCUGCCUGGGGAGCCAGCCAGCAACAAGCUGCGGCCCUACCUGCCAGCCGUCACCAAGCAAGCCUGGCACCUCGACAAGCAGUCGCUGAAAGGCAUCAAGAAGCAGAAGCAGGCCGCAGCGGGCGCAGCGGCAGAAGAAGCCUGCGCCAGUGGCAGCAGCAAGAGCAAAGAGAACGAGCAGCGGCAGCAGCAGCAGCAGAUGGACGCGCUGCCCUGAGGGCCGUCGGUGGAGAGUUUUCAUUGCAAUAAUCUUGAAGCGUGCAGUGCUGUAGCAUGUGAAAGAUACAGUUUUAACAAAAGAAUAAG